ACAAAAAGGAGCCGUACUCAUACGCCAACACUAGCCUAUCUUCUUCUUCCUUUCAAAGAUCACGCCAAGAUUUUCUCACCUUCUCUGUUUCUGCACCUCCAGGCUCCAGCUUUAUCUCCCUUCUCGUUCGGUUUUUCCUUGGGAAACAGACGUCGGAGAGGUGGAAGGGAACUUCCAGUAGAGUUUCUAGAAAUGCAAAGCUUCAAAGCAGCUCCGGCUAACCCAGAACUUUAUUUUCACUCCUCUUUCUUUCUCAGAGGGGAUGAUUGUAAUCGUAACCAGGCGCGUUUCCUGGAUUUUGGGGAGCUUGAUCAACCCACACCUGCUGCUUUUCAUCACGAUGAUGCUGUUGAUUUAAGCCCAAGCUCCUUAUUCAGUUUAAAAUCAGGAAAUGUUAAUGUUCUCGCCAAUAACCUGCACUACGGUGCCUUUAACACGAGCAUUGGGUCGACGGAGAUAAUUUCAAGCGGAACGGGGUGUUUGGACACAGGGCAAUUCAUGUACCAGAAGGGGACAAGUAUUGGGGCCUCGUUGGGGAACGGACAUAUUGAGAACUGGGGUGAUUCAGGCGUCGCAGACAACAGCCAACAGACUGACACUUCCACAGAUGUUGACACCGAUGAUAAAAACCAGCUUCAUGGAGCUCGUCGUGGAUCAGUUACAGCUGUGGAAUCCAUGGAUCAGUCCAAGCGAAAAGCAAGUGAUCAUAAGACACUUCGUAGGCUGGCCCAAAAUCGAGAAGCAGCAAGGAAGAGUAGAAUGAGGAAGAAAGCAUACGUCCAGCAGCUUGAGAGUAGUCGACUCAAGUUAACACAACUAGAGCAAGAGCUACAAAGAGCACGGCAACAGGGUUUGUUUAUUGCAAGUGGUUUUUCAGGUGACCAUGGCCAUCCAGUGACUGGAAAUGGAGCUUUGGCUUUUGACAUGGAAUAUGCUCGCUGGCUUGAUGAGCAUCAACGACUGAUAAUGGACUUAAGAUCAGCAGUAAAUUCUCAGAUGGGAGAUAAUGAAUUGCGGCUUCUUGUUGAUGGUGUUAUGGCACAUUAUGAUGAAGUAUUCAGGCUAAAGAACAUUGGUACAAAGACUGAUGUAUUUCACAUGCUUUCUGGCAUGUGGAAAACACCUGCAGAGAGAUGUUUCAUGUGGUUGGGUGGAUUUCGUUCAUCUGAACUUCUCAAGAUCCUGGGGAACUACCUUGAGCCUUUGACAGACCAGCAGUUGAUGGGCAUAUGUAAUCUGCAGCAGUCCUCCCAACAAGCAGAAGAUGCAUUAACUCAAGGAAUGGAGGCUUUGCAACAGUCUCUUGUGGACAUACUUUCAUCUACAUCAUUGGGUCCAGCUGGUACUGGAAAUGUUUCUGACUACAUGAACCAAAUGGCAAUUGCAAUGAGCAAGCUUGCCACACUGGAGAACUUCCUUCACCAGGCUGACCUUUUAAGGCAGCAAACUCUACAACAAAUGCAUCGAAUUCUGACCACUAGACAAGCUGCACGUGCCCUUCUAGUCAUCAAUGAUUAUACUUCUAGACUCCGAGCACUAAGCUCACUAUGGUUAGCACGCCCUAGAGAUUAAUAUAUGCUUAUUUUCCACAACACUUCUCUUGAUUCGAUUUCUGUUGAAGCUUUCCACGGAAUAGCUCAGCCUACUUCACCUCCAAGAACCCAAUAGUAUGCUGGGACCAUAGCAGGUGAAAGCAUAGAAACUAACUUUUCUGAGAUACCAUCAUUUUUGUGCUGUCAUCAUUUCUCCAUCAUGUGGGAAAACCCCUGCUUCAGCUUUGUCAACAGAAAUGGAGGUCUCCAGAAGAGCCUUGUAUAGUAUAUGUAGCUUCGAAGCAUGUAUUAUUCCAAGUAGCUUAUCUUUCAGGCAUCCUUAAGGAAUUGACUGGAUGUGCUCCUUACCUUAUAAUGCAACACUAACCUUGUUGAAUUAGUUGUGGAGCCCUUAAGGAAUCACACUGAGAUGCUUUGUUCUGGUUAUAUAUCUGACUUUUUUCAUCCAACUGUCUCUUGAGUCUUGCAGUUAAAAAAAAAAAAGAAGAGAC